UUAAAAUUGGACUUUAUUAAAAUGGGCCUAAAAUCAAAGAACUACCUACUAACUAAAAUCCAACUUUUGAGCAAAGCCCAAUUUAAUACAAUUAUUACCUUAAUGCCCUCGGGUUAAAACUUCUCCAAAACCCGGCGGCAACUCUCUGAUUCAGCAAACUGAGAAUUAAUUCAAUUGCGCUGCAAAUUCAAUUCCGCAGCGACUGGGAAAAAAAUAAACCCUAGAAUCAAGCAUGAUGCUGAGCUUGUUUUCUCGUAAUCUAUGGCGUGAAAUCAGUGCCUGCAAAUCCUCGAUUCCAAGAGCCUCUCCGGUUUGCGGCGGCGGCGGCGGCGGCGGUGGUUAUGGCAGAAGACAUUACGUCCACGUGCCGAGGGUUAUUGAGCAUUCAUCCAGAGGGGAGAGAUCCUACGAUAUAUUCUCGCGCCUUCUGAAGGAGCGAAUUAUCUGCAUCAACGGUCCGAUCUCCGACGACACGUCUCACGUCGUUGUCGCCCAGCUUCUUUUCCUCGAGUCGGAAAAUCCAUCCAAGCCCAUUCACAUGUAUCUCAAUUCCCCCGGAGGCGCCGUCUCCGCCGGCCUUGCUAUCUACGAUACGAUGCAGUACAUUCGAUCUCCAGUCAACACUAUAUGUCUCGGUCGAGCCGCAUCGAUGGCUUCUCUCCUAUUGGCUGCCGGUGCAAAGGGUGAGAGGCGGUCCCUACCAAAUGCCACGAUCAUGAUUCAUCAGCCUUCGGGUGGGCACAGAGGGCAGGCAAAGGAUAUGAGCAUUUAUGCCAAAAAGAUUCUUCGUAUUUCGGACUCGCUUAACGCACUUUAUUGCAAGCACACCGGACAAUCUAUUGAAUUAAUUGAGAAGAAUAUGGACCGCAAUUAUUACAUGACGCCUCGAGAGGCAAAGGAGUUUGGUAUUAUAGACGAAAUCAUGGAUGAGAGACCGUUGACCCUUGUAACUGACGCUAUAGCAGACGAGGCCGAAGAUAAAGGUUCGAGUUAGAUAUUCUGCGUACGAUGAUUCGAUUCUUUUUUCUUUUUCUUUUUUUUUUCUUUUUUAUUUUUUUGAAUUUUUGGUAUAUAUUCUAUAAUUACAAAUGUUUAUCCUUUUCAAACUUGCCCUCGUUUUCGUAAUAUAAGGUUACGGUGAUGUUAGCUUAUAUGGCAACGUCCGCUUGAUGAAGCUUCUUUCGUUUCUGCAUUAGCGUUAUAGUUUCCGAUGAGGUGCUUACGUCUAAUUAUAACGAUUAAGAAAAGAAACUGUUUUUUUUAAU